AUGACUUUCCUGAAGAUAUUACGUCACGCUGAUCACAGCGUUUUCUACCGAGAAGCGUUGCCUCCAGACAGUCAUUAUGCCAAAGCGGUUGUCGUGUUUCUCCACGGGCAAUCCUAUUCCUCUUCAACGUGGACCGAUCGAGGAUCUCUAAGCACAUUUGCCGCUCUUGGAUACCACUGUAUAGCCCCGGAUUUACCAGGAUGUGGUCAGACUCGGGGUCCUGCUGUAAGCGUGCACGACAAACCUCAAUUCCUGCUGGCUUUCCUAAGCGUGUUAGGAGUUAAACAGGUAUGUAUGUUUCAAAUUCAUUCAUAUAGAAAAAGAGACCACGAUACCUCAUUGGGACCGACGGCGGCUGCAAACCUUCGAGUCCUACCCAAUGUUCGACUACACAAAAUCCCUAAUGCCGGUCAUGCCUGUUAUCUCAAUAAUCCCCAGGCAUUUGAGGAAGUC